AUGAGACCUGAUUUUUUCAUGGAAAAGAAUAUAAGAAUACUGGAGAAGAUAGGGGAGGGAGCCUUUGGUUAAGUGUAUAAGGGUUUAUACAAGAAUGAGGAAGUGGCAAUUAAGGUAAAAUUGAUUCGAAUUUUCAGUUCUUGUAAGGUGCAUAAAUUCAGGAAACUUCAAUCAUGGAAAAUCUGUAGCAUAAGAAUAUCAUAAAUUUUUUUUAGUUUGUUUCAUUUUAUAUGGUUUAAGUAUUUCAAACAAGGGAAUUGCUAAUAUUUGGUGAUGGAAUAUGCAGCUGGAGGUUCAUUGAAAGAUUUGAUGAAACAAAGUUUAGAUGA